CCGCGCUCUUCUGACAUCAUCACCCGGCGCCGCUGCCUCCACCUCCUUCCACUUCGCGGGAGAAGUUGUUGGCGCGAAUGGAUUCGGAGCCCUGGUAACGGAUUCCCCAGCCGGCAGGCCUGCCCGCCUGCUCCUUAAUUCUUGGGCUGCGAUGGAUAUUCGGAAGUUUUUUGGGGUAAUACCAAGUGGAAAGAAACUUGCAAAUGAAACAGUAAAGAAGAAUGAGAAAACAAAGUCUGCCCAAGAAACUUUAAAAGCAAAGAAAGGGGUAAAGGAAAUCAAGGUAAAUAGUUCUUGUAAAGAAGACGACUCUAGACAGAAGCAACCAAGCAAGAAAAAGAGGAUCAUUUAUGAUUCAGAUUCAGAAUCAGAAGAGACAGUGCAAGCAAAAAAUGCCAAAAAGCAACCAGAAAAAUUGCCUUUGUCUUCUAAACCUGGUAAGGCUCCACGACAGGAUCCUGUUACAUACAUUUCAGAAACAGAUGAAGAAGAUGACUUUGUCUGCAAGAAAACAGUCUCUAAAGCAAAGGAGAAUGGAGUAUCUGCAAAUAGUUACCUUGGAGUAUCAAAUGUGAAAAAGAAUGAAGAAAAUACUAAGAUCAAGAACAAACCUUUAUCACCAUUAAAACUUACCCCCACAUCAGUGCUUGACUAUUUUGGAACUGGAAGCGUCCAAAGAUCAAAUAAGAAGAUGGUGGCAAGCAAAAGAAAAGAGCCUUCACAAAAAGCAGACGAUUCCAGACUAAAUGAUGAAGCCAUUGCCAGACAGUUGCAGCUUGAUGAAGAUGCAGAGCUGGAGAGACAACUGCAUGAAGAUGAAGAGUUUGCCAGGACGUUAGCCAUGUUGGAUGAGGAACCCAGGAUCAAAAAGGAUCGAAAGGACCCACAAGAGAGAGAAACAUUUUCACCUUUUGAAGACAACACAAGUCGAUCAGAAAAACAAAAACUUCCUCAUAAAGUUAAAGCAGAACAAUUUUCAGAUGAAAUAAAGAGCUGUAGUCCUAAGAAGAAGAUUAUAUGUGAAAGUAAAAAAACAUCCCAGCCACAGUCCAAAUCAUUAACUCAUGAAGUAGGAGAACCCUCUUCUCUAAGAGUUAGUUCCAAACUGGCCCUUUUGAAAAAAAAGGAAGAAUCUGACUGUAAAGAAACAGAAUGUUUGUCCUCAAAAAGAAAAGAGGAUACUACUGAGUUAAAAGGAGAGUCAAAAACGCCUAAGAAAGCCAAAAGUUCUCCAACUAAAAAAGAGUCUGUAAGUCCUGAAGAUUCUGAAAAGAGACGCAUGAAUUAUCAAGCUUAUCGAAGCUACUUGAAUCGAGAGGGUCCCAAAGCCCUGGGCUCCAAAGAAAUCCCGAAGGGAGCUGAAAAUUGCUUGGAAGGCCUUACAUUUGUAAUCACAGGAGUGCUGGAGUCCAUUGAACGAGAUGAGGCCAAGUCUCUAAUUGAGCGUUAUGGAGGGAAAGUAACAGGAAAUGUCAGCAAGAAAACAAACUACCUUGUCAUGGGUCGUGAUAGCGGGCAGUCCAAGAGUGAUAAGGCAGCUGCCCUGGGAACAAAAAUUAUUGAUGAAGAUGGCCUUUUGAAUCUGAUUCGAACUAUGCCAGGCAAGAAAUCCAAGUAUGAAAUAGCAAUUGAAACAGAGAUGAAGAAAGAAAAACCUAGACUGGAGAGAACGCCUCAGAAAAACAGCCAGAGAAAGCGGAAAAGUAGUCCAACUAAGAGGGAGUCGGAAUCUAAAAAGAGCAAAGUGACUCCACAGAGAGGGAGCUCUGCAAAGACAAUAGCAAAGGAAACAAGCGUGCUUCGGAGAGGCCUGGACUUCACGAAGGAGCAGGUGGCUGAGGAGACAACUGGUGAUAGCAGGGCAACGAAUUUGACUGACAGGAGCAAGGAAGACAAAGUGGAAACCUUGCUCUGGGUGGAUAAAUACAGGCCAACCUCACUCAAGACCAUAAUUGGACAGCAAGGUGAACAGAGCUGUGCCAACAAACUCCUCCGCUGGCUCCAAAACUGGCACAAGAGUCCCGCUGGAGAUAAGAAACACGCAAAGCUUGCUAAGUUUGCUGGCAAAGAUGAUGGCUCUAGUUUUAAAGCAGCGCUGCUCUCAGGCCCUCCAGGUGUUGGCAAAACAACCACAGCCUCUCUGGUUUGUCAGGAAUUAGGAUAUAGUUAUGUGGAACUGAAUGCAAGUGACACUCGAAGUAAGAACAGUUUGAAGGAGAUUGUUGCUGAAUCACUGAAUAAUACUAGCAUCAAAGGCUUUUAUUCAAGUGGAGCAGCCCAUUCAGUAGGCAUGAAACAUGCUCUUAUCAUGGAUGAAGUAGACGGCAUGGCAGGCAACGAGGACAGGGGAGGCAUUCAGGAAUUAAUUGGUCUGAUAAAGCAUACAAAAAUCCCCAUUAUUUGUAUGUGCAAUGAUAGAAAUCACCCCAAGAUUCGCUCUUUGGUUCAUUAUUGUUUUGAUCUUCGUUUUCAAAGACCACGGGUUGAACAGAUUAAGGGUGCUAUGCUGUCUAUUGCAUUUAAAGAGGGUUUAAAGAUUCCCCCUCCAGCUAUGAAUGAAAUAAUACUGGGAGCCAACCAAGACAUUAGACAGGUUUUACACAAUCUGAGUAUGUGGUGUGCACAAAGUAAGGCCCUAACCUAUGACCAGGCCAAGACUGACUCUCAUAGAGCCAAGAAGGACAUCAAACUGGGCCCCUUUGAUGUUGCCCGGAAAGUGUUUGCAGUUGGUGAGGAGACUGCUCAUAUGUCACUUGUAGACAAAUCAGAUCUCUUUUUUCAUGAUUAUUCAAUAGCACCCCUUUUUGUCCAGGAGAAUUACGUACACGUGAAGCCAGUAGCCGCAGGGGGUGACAUGAAAAAACACUUGAUGCUUUUAAGCAGAGCGGCAGAUAGCAUAUGUGAUGGUGACCUUGUGGACCAUCAGAUUCGGAGUAAACAGAACUGGAGUCUCCUUCCUAUGCAGGCCAUAUAUGCCAGUGUUCUUCCUGGAGAGCUAAUGAGAGGUUACAUGACCCAGUUUCCCUCUUUCCCCAGCUGGUUGGGGAAGCACUCAUCUACAGGCAGACAUGAUCGUAUUGUUCAGGACCUGGCUCUGCAUACGAGUCUUAGAACUUACUCAAGCAAAAGGACUCUAAACAUGGAUUAUCUGUCACAUAUGAGGGAUGCACUUGUACAGCCCUUGACUUCACAAGGGGUUGGAGGAGUCCAGGAUGUUGUUGCUCUUAUGGACACAUAUUAUUUGAUGAAAGAUGACUUUGAGAAUAUCAUGGAAGUGAGCAGCUGGGGAGGCAAACCCAGUCUGUUCUCCAAACUGGACCCCAAGGUUAAAGCAGCCUUCACAAGAGCUUACAAUAAGGAAACUCACCUUACUCCAUACUCGCUUCAGUCAGUAAAGGUAUCUAGACACAGCACAGGACCAAUGCUGGAUUCUGAGUACAGUGAAGAAUUGAAUGAAGAGGACUCUCAAUCUGACGAGAAGGACCAAGACACUGUGGAGACUGAUGCUAUGAUCAAGAAAAAGACAAAAUCUUCAAAGUCUUCAAAAUCAGAAAAAGAUAAGGAAUCCAGAAAAGGAAAAAGUUCAAAGAAAUGAAACUCUUUUACUAUUGCCAGUCCCUUUUUACUCACCCUGCUGACCAAUUCACUGGUCUAGAUAUUUCCUCAUUAUUCUUUCCUAAAGGAACCAUGUUUUAGCAUAAUGGGACAACCUCAUGGUCUCAUUAUAAAUGCAGCGGUACAGCUCAAAGGAUGUAACCGGUAGGCUAACAUACACCUCUUAUAGAGGUUGAUAGGUUACUUGGAUCCUCCACUGUCCCCUGUCAAUCUAACUAGAUUGUGCUUCAGAAUGACUGUGUAUAAUCAGAACUAGAAACUAUGUGGACUUUGGAGUCAGAUUUUAGUUAACAGUGAUAUACCUGGGAACAGUGGCAGGUACUAAGGUGACCUUGUAGGCUAAAGAAUUUAUUGUAAUGGCCUUUAUUAAGCCAGUGCCAAUCUUCUGGAAGGUACCUACUAUUAUGUGGUGAAAUUUUUUAAAUAAAUUAUAAUACAAAGCACUCACCACCUAGAAUUGGGUAUUCUUUAUACAUUGUCAAGUAUUUUGCAGAAUGUUAGGAAUAAAAAGGUUCCACAUAA